AUCCAAAUGCACGAUGAUGAGUAUGAACGUAUGCACGUAUGAACCAGACUCUCCCCACAUGAUUGAGAUGCUUCCGCGAGUGGUGAACCUGGUGGUGUAUUACAUGGCGUUGCAUUACUACCAGCCGAUGUUCACGUUGAUUGGGGGAGGAUUCAAAAAGCUGGAGCAGGCAUCGAGGGAGAUGGGUUCGGUCUUGCCUAAGGGGGUGCAUUGGAUCAGAGACUCGGCGGUCAAAUUCGAUCCGGACAACAAGCGGGUCCACACCGGCUCUGGCGAUCAGAUCAGCUAUGAGUACAUGGUGAUAGCGAUGGGCGUCGCACUCAAUUUUCACUUGGUACCAGGGCUUGUGGAAGCCCUGGAGAAGGACCCCAUGGUUUGCUCAAACUAUUCCCCAAAAUACGUUUCCAAGACGAGUAAAGCCAUCCAUGCCUUCAAGGAAGGAAAUGCCAUCUUCACGUUCCCGAACACCCCAGUGAAGUGUGCAGGCGCGCCGCAGAAGAUCGCCUACCUGACGGACUGGCACUUCCGACGCGAAGGGAAGAGAGAGCGAGCAGUGGUGAUGUACAACACGUCACUCCCUGUGAUAUUUGGCGUGAAAAAGUACGCAGCAUCUCUGAUGGACGUGGUCAAGGAAAAAGGAAUCCAGUUGAACGUGAGGCGUAAUCUCGUCGAGGUUCGGUCAGACAAGAAGGAGGCCGUCUUCGAGAAUCUCGACAAUCCCAGUGAGAAGAUAACCUAUCAGUACGAGAUGCUGCAUGCGACCCCCCCGAUGAGCACCCCGGAGGUGCUGAGAACGUGCGAGAAACUGGUGGACCAGGGAGGCUUCUUGGACAUAAACAGAAACACCCUCCAGCAUAAAAAGUACCCUAACAUCUUCGGCGUCGGUGAUUGCACCAACCUCCCCACUGCGAAGACGGUCGCUGCUAUCUCCGAGCAGUUGCGCGUGUUGAAGAAGAACCUGUUCCUCCAAAUGGAAGGGAAGGCCUUGAAGCCCCUCUACGACGGAUAUUCUUCCUGCCCGCUGCUCGUCGGGUUCGACAAGUGCAUCUUGGCCGAGUUCGACUUCGACGGGGAACCGCUCGAGACGUUCCCGUUUAACCAAGGAAAGCCGAUGCGGUUCCCGUUCCAUCUCAAGAGGGAUUUCAUGCCGCAUCUCUACUGGCUGGCGCUUCUCACAGGGUACUGGGACGGGCCGGGUCGGUACAGGAAACUGAUGCACCUAGGCAUGGGUCGCUGACGGGCUUCGACGAAAACGGUUCUCUGCUUCAUCUUUCACUUAGAUUUCUUCUUAAAUGCCCUCUAGGAAGUAAGCUUCCAUUGUAAUUGUGGUGGCCCCAGGCCCUCCUCGGGUUGUCCGGUGAUCGGAACCUUGUAAAUGAUCGGAUCGUGUUGCUGGACUUGCAAGGAUUCUUCGACGUUGCCGCCGUGUUCUUCACGUUCAGAUUAGAAUGCAAUCUAGCAUUGCAUGAAACUGUCCAAGGCGCUGUUAAGUUGGCUUCAUGGAGUGAUGAAAGGAGCAUGCCACACUCCCUUCUGUAAGUCAAUGCCGAAGGACUCUGUGAUAGUGUGUCCAGGUGUGCGAGUAUGGGUACUUGGCAAGAGUCGAGUUGUGUCAUCGCCUGUCAUCUACAGAUAUCAUCAUAGUUGGCAUAUUCUAAAUUCCUUCGCUAGAGCCAUUUUCGGGAGGAAUAAGGGAUAGUAGCUUCUUCUCUACCCUCACUGUUAUGUAAUAGGGGUACUCCACUCCAAUAAUGUGAGGACUGCAAGGAGGGGAAACGGGAUCCUAGUUUGCAGUCAUAUGAGCCAGCGGGGAGGAAGAUGAAGACAAUGGAGCAGUGCUCUGGGUGCGCCUCGGCUGCCUCAUAGAGUGAGAACUUCCUCACUGGCCCUCUUUCUGUCUUAUCGUUACUUUGGUGUUUUUUUUUUCCCUUUCAGUUUUUUUUCUCAGUUGGCCUUGGAUGUUCUCACGUAGCUCCUUUCCUUAACCUCAUAAGCGUGGGGAGUUCCUUGAAGCUUUCUGGUACUUUUUCAUUUUAUUUAAUAUUUUCGUCGCUUGGUUCGUUGGUAUUGAGGAGACAGCAUGUCGUAAUGAUAAAUUUGAUAUUUAGCGUCGCGAUUUAAAAAGUUAUCAUUCGUUGCAGAAACAAAGUUUCUGCCUAAGAUACCGUGUACUUAAUACCAUGGUUGUGGUUAUAAUUUCAUAUUAGUUUCAAAUUCCAAAAUUCCUCAGAACAUUAAUCAAGUCCUGCUGCUUCAAUUCAUUCGGUCUUUCUUUGCGAUAGCGUUUUGUGCCAUAUUCUGCUUGGGACUGCCGCAUUCAGAUGCAGCUCUGUACUAAUUUGCAAUACUAGAAAAACAAGGUAGACCAGAAGGGAAUUCUGCUGCGAGGCAGAAUUAUUCCAGCUCUCACGUUGUCCACCUUUGCUUUCGUCGCAGGGCGGUCUGGUUUUAGUCGAUGUAUAAGCCUUGUUUACUUCUGGCACAGGUAUAUUAUCCUCUUCAGCGCCACUAGUGAUGCAACACAAGUUUGACCAAUAUAUUUAUCAAAUAUCGCUGGCGAAACUAAGAAGAUACCAUUCGUAAACGACGCAACUGGAUGCACGUUCAAGUAUCACACCUUUCAAAAAGUUUUAUGAAGGAAUGAGAUUUAAAAAAAAUUGGGUGCCAAAACACGCGAUUCAUGGAUCCGAGAUGGUCGAUCCUCUCGUCCUUCACAGCCAUCGAAGUGGAGCAUCCCUAAUGACCUUUAGUGGAGACAUGGUAAAUCUGCCAUGCAUUUAAACUUACCGGAACAGAUUUGCGAGAGGACUACAGAGGGAUAGAUGGCAUGCUCUGGCUCUUCUACUCCCCAUGAAGCUGCUUUAAAAAAUCGCAAUCAAUUUUACUGCUCGUGCCUUCAAGAAUCAGGAUAUUCAUGAUUUCACAAAGUUUUCAUUUGUGAAAAUGUGAGUGGAACUCUGACUUAAAAAAAUAUUCUUAUUUUUACUCUAGACUUAAGUUAUGUCAAAUUUUAACUGCAUGUUAGAAUUCUUUGUUCCCGGUGGCAUCUUUCCUCGACGCGAAGUUCAACCAAAAUAGCUUAAUCAGCGAUUUUGUGAUGCAGACAAUAUUGCGACUUGAGUCUUUCUGUUUUAUCACAUGUGUGUAACCAUGGGACCGGUGUUUUUAUCAAGGGCUUUUUUAAAAUUCUAUUUUUUCUUCCACUACGGACAAAUUCGAAUAUAGCAACUUUAUUUCUUC